AUGACUAUUUAUAUCUGCAAAAGUCUCAUCUCUCUCUCUCUCAAGAACUCUUCACAUCUCAACAAAACUCCAAUCUGUCUUCUCUCUCUCCGCUUCUUCUCCUCCUCUCCUAGAACCCCCAUUGCCGUGGCCGAUUACUUGCUUAAUAGACACAAAUUUUCUACUGAAACUGCUUCGAAAGUCUCUUCCAUCGUAAAGUAUGUGAAAAGGCCUGAAGAAACCGAUUCGAUUCUUUCAUUUCUCCAGGAAAGUGGUUUUUCGGAUUCCCAUCUCGAGCUUCUCAUCAAACGCAUGCCUAGAGUUCUCUCGGCAAAUCUUGAGCGCACCAUCAAACCCAAAAUCAAGUUUUUUCAGGACUUGGGUUUCUCUUCUAGCGACUCUGCGGAAAUUGUUUCGUCUAAUCCAUGGAUUCUAACUACUAGCGUUGAUAAUCGGCUUGGCCCGUCGAUUUUAGCAUUGAAGAGUGUUUUGGGUUCGAAUAUGGAUGAUGUGUCUAGGAUUUUAAAGAAAUCUGGGAGGCUUUUGACGUUUGAUUUGGUGAAAACUCUGAUACCCAAUGUUGAUUUUUUGAAGAGUUGUGGUAUUUGUUCGUCGCAAAUAGCUCGAUGUGUAUGUACUUACCCAACAACUUUCACACUUAAACCAACUAAAAUUAGAGAAUGUGUCAAGAGGGUUGAUGAGAUGGGCAUUGACAGGAAGUCUAAGUUGUUUCUUCAUGCGAUUCGGGCUAUUAGUUCGAUGACUAAAGAGAAUUGGGAGUUGAAAUUGGAGCUCUUAAAGAGUUUGGGGUUUUCAGAAGAUGACAUUUUGUCAGUUUUUAGGAGACAGCCUAAGGUGUUUACUGUGUCAGACAGGAAAAUUAAGGAGAUAACACAGCUUUUCCUUAGCACGGGCAAAUGUGAUAUCUCAUAUGUUGUUAAUAACCCAGAUUUACUUUGUCGCAGUGUUGAAAAUAAGCUUAAGCCACGGCUAAGAGUUCUGGAGGUUUUGGAAAGCAGGAAUUUGCUUCUUAAAAUGCCGAGUUUGGGGACUGUAUGCAGGAUCACUGAUAAGAAGUUUUUUGAGAAAUAUGUGCUCCCUUAUUCAAAUGAAGUUGGCGAAUUAUUUGUGGUUAAGAAGACCUCAUUGAAAGCAGAAAUAUGUGCUUAA